AUGCCAUCCAGUGGAAAGUCUGCAUCCACUCGAACACCUAAAAAGCAAGCUACUCUCUCCAACAAGAAGGCUCUAAAUUUAAAAGUUGUUGAUGAAAAAAUCGGAGAUGUGUUAUCGCCACCAAUAACUGUGAACAAUAUUGAAAACAUAAAUGAUGACUGCGAACAAGAAAAUGUAGCAAAACAACUGACAGAAUCCCCUAUCACUUCUUCGCAAACAGUUGAUCUAACACAACCAAAGGCAACAUUAACAAUCAAACAAAAACAAUCCUCUCCCAAAACACCAAAAUCUGUAAAAACUCUCAAAAUGAAAGACGACACUAAAUCCUCUAAAAAAAAGAAAACAGAAUCAGUAAAAAGGAAGAGAACGAAUGAUAAUUGUGAAGAAGUUGUUGAUGUAGAUGAGUCCCAUUUUAUCUCAACAAAGGGAAAGCAAACUGAUGAAAUAAUUGGAUCAGUUGCAUCUAUUUUUUUAACAAAAGAGCAAAGACAAAGAAAGAAAGAAAUGGAAACACUUACUGAGCAGCAAAAAACACAGGAAAAAAGAAAGGAAAUCAACUCUAUUUUUUGCGUUCAAGGUGGAGAGCAUCCUCUCAUGAAAAUUAGUAAGGAGAAGAAAAAAGAAAUCCAAAAAGAAUCCAAACCCCAAAAAGAUGUGGAUUUUCAGUCAUGGCAAGGCGUGGAACCUUUGUCAUGCAAAAUUACAACAGACAGUUUAAGAGAAUUUGGUUUCUGCCAAAAUAUAGGAUUUUCUCAAUUACCUAAAUAUGAUCAGCAGCAAUCUAAAAUGAAUAUUGAGGAUUUACUUUUACCUGACGUUGUUGAGGAUGUUGAAUAUUCGAAAUCAUACGAAAACCAUCCAAACACACCAUCAAUUUUACACAAACUAACACAAUACAAUGAAAAUCUCAAAAAAAAUGAAAAAUAUAUCAAGUCUGAGAGAUUUAAUCAUUCUACUGAAAGAUUUGCAUUUGAAGAAUAUUGUACGAAUUUACUGGAAGAAUCUAUCGAAAGUGUUUAUCCUCAAUCUAUGUGGAAUGAGUCUAAAAGAAAAGAAAAGCAACUGCUGAAAAAAUCACUCGAUAGAAAAUAUCUCUCAUUAUCAGGGGAGAUUGGUUCAAAAAUAGUUGAUUUGGAUCGUGAAACCUCAUUAGAAAGUACUAAUAGUAUGGAUGGCACAGUUUCUAAGAAAGAUACUCUCGAUGAUUUAUGGUCAAUCAAGUACAAGCCGAAUUGCUAUGAACAUAUUAUCACAAAGAAUGAAAACUCAAACCAAAAACUAAGAGAAUGGUUGGAAAAGUGGAAAAAACCACCAUCUUUGAAAAAAACAUCCAAAAGAAAAGAACCAAAUUCUAAAAAAAGAAAAACUAAAAAGAACGACGAUGACCUAUUCACAGACGAAGAAUAUGAGGAUGACGAAUUAGAAAAAUCCAUUAUACUUUAUGGUUCCACGUCUGGAAAGAGUAGUUCACUAUGUGCAAUAGCAACUCAACUUGGAUUUGAAAUAAUGGAAGUCAAUUCUGCGUGCGACAGAAGUAGCAAAAGUAUCAUGGAACUAAAAGAAACAACACAAUCAAAAGGUAUUAACUCUAUGGGUAAAAUUAUUGUUUUUGAAGAUGCAGAUUUGAAAUUUCAAGAAGAAUCAUAUCCAUCACUCAUUAGUGCCAUUGAAAAGCUUGAAAAAUCAACAAAACGCCCAAUAAUCUUAAUAUCAGAUAACUUGGAGGAACAAGAUUUACUCAAUUCUAUAUACUCUACAAUUGAAAUAUUGGCCAUUUCUACUCAUUUAUUUGGGAAGGCUACGCCUAGCGAUGAUAAUUGGAAAAAAUCACCAAUAGAUUUCAUCAACUGCUCCUCCAUUCCUUUAACUAGCGAUGGAACAAUUUCAAAAAAUCAAUUACUCAAAUUCAAAUCUCAACUUUCACGCUCAUUCCUCUACACGGUAGUGAAACACAUAAUCAAUAGGCAAGAAUAUGUGUGCCUACACCCAAGCAAUUACCUGUAUCAACGCAAUAUGACUGACAUAAUUCACCAUUUGUUUGGAAUGUGUAAUUCUGAAAAUCAAAGAAGGGAGAAUGCUAGUAGAAGAAGAUUUUUCCACUAUCUCAAAACUCUUGUUGAGGAUGAAGAGUUGCAAAUGUUGGAAAUGCUAGCAAAAAACUUUGAAUACAGAGACAGGACAUGCUAA